ACGAGUGAAAGUGGCGGUCAGGGAUGGAGCUGCUGCCAUGACAACCCCGGCGGUCGGGGCCCGCGCGCGUCGGGGCUGCUCCCGGGAGGAAGGCAGCGCGGAGGCCGGGGGCGGCCGCUGAGCGUGGCGUCCGCGGCUCCGGUGCCGACUGCGCUUCGCCUUCUGCGGCGAGCCAGAGAGCGGGCUAGGGACCGCUGCGGUCCGCCCCUGCCGCUCCAGCCUGGUUGCUGCGCUGCAGACAGCCCAAGCUGCGGCGCGAAUCUGGGCUCUGAGGAAGUUGACCGUGGCUCUGCGGCAGGAUUCCCGAGUCCGGAUUGCACGAAGCCGGCUUAGCAGGCGCCUCCUCGCACUAUUCGUGCCGCCUCUUGCGUGCUCUACUUUCCAUCUGCUAUUGUUUCAGAUUGUUUCUGGCGGCGAGCCUUGCUCUGAAACUUAAGAAAGUGCUGGAUUUCCCCUUGUUCGAUUGAGGAAUCGUAGACCACAUCUGGGUAGCUGGAUUCAACCCAGUCACAGCCCCGUUGGAUACCAAAGUGCUUACUCCUGUCCAAAGUGCCAUGCCUGAACUGCUACGGGGAAGAGGCAGCUUCUGAGACCCGCACCUGUGCGCCUGCUUGCCUGCCUUGCGCUUCUCUUUCCUGGCCACCUUCCUAGCCACAGGCAGCACGGAGAAAGUCCGCCCGCCUCGGAUGUGUGUGGAAACUGGUUCUCGGAGGCUGCGAGCUGAGGCUGGAUUUAGGGGAGGAAUAUUAGACUUGGAGGAGUCUGCGCGCUUUUCUCCUCCCAGUGCAUCGCGCGGUCGCCGCUAGUUCAUCUCUGGGUCCCCGCGCUCACUCCCUACCCCACCCACUUCCUGUGCUCGCCCGGGGGGCGUGUGCGUGCCACUACUGGAGUUCUGGGAAGUUGUGACUGUCGAGAAUGGGGGUCUGUGGGUACCUGUUCCUGCCCUGGAAGUGCCUCGUGGUUGUGUCUCUCAGGCUGCUGUUCCUUGUACCCACAGGAGUGCCGGUGCGUAGCGGAGAUGCCACCUUUCCCAAAGCUAUGGACAACGUGACGGUCAGGCAGGGGGAGAGCGCCACCCUCAGGUGCACAAUUGACAACCGUGUCACCCGGGUGGCCUGGCUAAACCGCAGUACUAUCCUCUAUGCUGGAAAUGACAAGUGGUGCCUAGAUCCUCGUGUGGUCCUCCUGAGUAACACCCAGACCCAGUACAGCAUUGAGAUCCAGAAUGUGGAUGUGUAUGAUGAGGGUCCUUAUACCUGCUCGGUGCAGACAGACAACCACCCUAAGACCUCCAGGGUCCACCUCAUUGUACAAGUAUCUCCCAAAAUUGUAGAGAUUUCUUCAGAUAUCUCCAUUAAUGAAGGGAACAACAUCAGCCUCACUUGCAUAGCCACAGGUAGACCGGAGCCUACAGUAACCUGGAGACAUAUUUCUCCCAAAGCUGUUGGCUUUGUCAGUGAGGAUGAGUACCUGGAGAUCCAGGGCAUCACUCGGGAACAGUCAGGCGAAUACGAGUGCAGCGCCUCCAACGACGUGGCAGCACCAGUGGUCCGAAGAGUGAAGGUCACCGUGAACUAUCCACCAUACAUCUCAGAAGCUAAGGGCACAGGUGUCCCCGUGGGGCAGAAGGGGACUCUGCAGUGCGAGGCUUCGGCAGUUCCUUCAGCAGAAUUCCAGUGGUUCAAGGAUGACAAAAGACUGGUGGAAGGGAAGAAGGGAGUCAAAGUGGAAAACAGACCUUUCCUUUCAAAACUCACCUUUUUCAACGUCUCUGAACACGACUACGGGAACUACACGUGCGUGGCCUCCAACAAGCUGGGCCACACCAAUGCCAGCAUCAUGCUAUUUGAACUAAAUGAGCCUACAAGCUCAACUUUGUUGCAAGAAGUGAAAACUACAGCCCUGACCCCUUGGAAAGGUCCCGGUGCUGUCAGUGAGGUCAACAAUGGGACUUCAAGGAGGGCAGGCUGCAUUUGGCUCCUCCCUCUUCUGGUCUUACACCUGCUCCUCAAAUUUUGAUGUGAGUGCCCCUUCCCUGCUGGGGAGAGCUGCCGCUGCCACCGCAUCUCAAUACAACAGCACUGCGAAACGAAGCAACAAGUCAGAAUCAAAUGAAAUUCCGAGAAUCACAGCCAAUGAGACAGAAAUUCGAGGGAGGGGGACAAAGCGUACUGUGGUAAAAGGGGAAAAAAAAGUUUAAAAACGGAAAUUUGAAAAUUGCCUUGCAGAUAUUUCGGUACCGCUGAGUUUUCUUUCUUUUCCCAAGUGGGAAGAAGGCACAACUAGCUUGGGCCCACCCACAAGCUACACUGUGUGACCUCUCUGUUGCCAGGGUGGGCAAGGGCUCAUCCACUUUGCCCACUAAAGUGCCCCGCCAUGGAACAUUCUGGAGUUGGCCAUCCCAAAUUUCAUCGGUCCAUAGACACAAGCACAGCGGGAGAAACAGGGGCCUAGAUGUGCCACGGAGGGCCCUUUGGUGGGCUGCGUGACGGUGGCGUGUGACAUGAAGUGUGAAAUCUGAAGGAAAAACAAGAACAAAAGAAAAGAAAAAUUAAAGAACAAACGAAUGAACGAACGAAACAAGACAGCCUGACAGCACCAUAACCCCACAAGCGACAGUCACAAAAGACACCGUUAAGCUUUUGUUUUUCAUUUUAUCACAUGGACAUCAUGGAUAAUAAGGGAUUCUGAUUCAUUAUUAAUUUUAUUAAUUAUAUUUUCUGAUAUGAGUCUAGAACUUAGGGUAAACAUAAGAGACAAAACUAAAACUACACAUGCAAGGGUGAAGGGAAGUAUGUUUAUUAAGGAUUAAAAGCAAAUAGUGUACUUCUUACCUAAGUUUACAACUGGUGGACCAUUUGCCAGGCAUUAACCACCUGGUGAGGAUUUGGCAAAUCCACCAGAAACACAAGUGAUUUAACAAACACCUCCACCAGCGUUACAGAUUCCUCCUCAUCUCUUGCAGACAUACUAUAUGCUAUCUAUACGCUACUUAGACGCGGAAGGUUGGUCUGCACUCUAUCAUGGUUUGUUGGCUAUGCUUCUUUUGAUGACAUAUAUUAUACAGUAUAUAUAUAUACAUAUAUUUUUUUUGUUAGAGUUCUAGCCAUUUUCUUUCUCAGCAGGGUCCUUCUCAGACAUUACUGCAUGCUGUAUAUGGCGUUAGCUGUGUGUUGAUCUUCUAAAAGAUGAUAGAGUUUACCGGUAAUUGUGUAAUCAGCUCCUUCCUUUUUUUCCCCCCUUGGGUUAUUUACAUGUCAGAGACAUUUCUACAAAGCGGAAAGGACAACAGAAACAUUCACUACUACCAGGCGCAGCAUCUUUCCAGGGGUGGCUCUCUGAGGAGGAGGCCACCAGCUUGGCUUUUCUCCAUCACACCUUGGGGCAUUAACAGACAGCAAGCAACUGAAACAACUAAACCAACAGUAAUCACUUGCUUUAGCCCAUUGUGGGAAUCCCUGAUGCCUUUGUGACUACUGGAGAACUUAAUCCUCUUGGUUUACUUUAUUUAAUUUUCCACCUUCGUGUGAGUGUGUAUGAAAGAGAAGAAAAAUGCAGUUUUUAGGUAACCAUUUUUUUUUCCCUUCCCCGAAGUCUGGGGACCAGAGAGGCCUCGGGGAGGGGUCCUGGAUGUGAUGAGGGAAACUGGGAUUGGGGGAUGGGGAGGGAUUGGGUUGUCUCUGACUUGACAUUAAAAAGUGUUCCAUGUCCCUCUU